AUGCCGUUACAUUUGUUAGGGAAGAAGUCAUGGAACGUAUACAACAAGGACAACAUCGAAAGAGUGCGCCGAGAUGAAGCUCGCGCAAAGGCUGAGGAGGAGGAAAAUGAAAGAAAGCAACGGGAAGAAGAUGCGGAGAGGAGGAUAGACAUUUUACGUGGGAAGAUACCGUUACCCUUGAAUGAUGCUGUGGAUGAAAAAGAGCGCCAUUCUCGCUCCCGUGAGAAACCUCCUGUAGAGUCGAGACACCGGAAAAGGAGAAGGCUGGCUGGAGAAAAUGAUACCGAUCGUGACAUCCGAUUCGCAAAAGAAGAUGCUGAGCUGGCACGUCAGCGAGUUGAAUCUAAGGCAUCUCGCCGGCGUACUGACGAUGCACCUAUUGUCGAUAAGUCAGGACACAUCAGUUUGUUUCCCGAGGAAUCAAUGUCUCGAACGCGCCGUUCAGACAAGAACCCAGAAGCUGAAGCCGAAACUGCAAAAAAGAACCAAGAGUUUGAAGACCAAUAUAUGAUGCGGCUCUCCAAUGCUGCGGGUUAUAAACAGCAGCUGACCUCUACGCCAUGGUACUCCUCAAAUACGGAAAUAUCCACACAGAACGCCGGGCUACCUAAUAAGAACGUUUGGGGAGACGAAGACCCCAGAAGACAAGAGAGGGAAAAAAUAAGAAUAGCUACGAACGAUCCGCUGACGGCGAUGAAGAAAGGUGUGAAGCAGCUAAAGGAGGUGGAGAAGGAGAGAACAAAGUGGGCUGAGGAAAGGGAGAGAGAGCUCAAGGCUCUGAAAAGAGAAGAUAGGGAUAAGGAGAAACGACAAAGACGAAGGCACCAGGAAGCCGUUCUCGAGAUCGAGAUCGAGAUCGAGGUAGCGGAAGGGACAGGUCACGGCAUGACGAGGCACACCGGAAAAGGCGCAAUGAUAGACAUGAAUCCAAAACUGGGCCGAAACCCGAGAAAGUGUCUGUUGCUUGGAGUCAAGCUUCAGGAAAAAGAUACAGUGCUCAAUUCGCAGGCACUUGAGACAACAAGCUCGUUAUUUUAUACCCCCAUUGAUACCCAUAAACUCCUGAUAAUUUAA